AUGAUGUCCCUCACCAACUUCAUUCUCUUCAUCCUGGCUUUGCUCUCCGUUGUAUCCUCUGAACCCGUCGAGGAGCACGGCUCAGCAGCCAGUCUUGGAAAUGUGGCCAUAGUCAACAACAUGGGCACCACUCUCUAUUUAUGGUCGGUGGAUGCCACACAAGGUCCAAUGCACGCAGUUGUUCCAGGCGCCUCGUACCAAGAGACAUAUCGUCUAAAUCCCAAGGGCGGCGGCAUUUCCAUCAAGGUCAGCACAGACCAAAACGUUGAUGGCGAUAUAAUUCAGUUCGAGUACACGCAAGCUGGUGAAAAGCUCUUCUGGGACGUGUCAUGUGUGAACACCAAGCCUGGCUCGCCGUUCUACGCCAAGGGCCUCAUCCUUAUGCCCUCAAAUAUGAAGGACUGUCCCCACGCUUUUGUCUGUCUUCGGGGCGACUCCAAUUGCCGCUAUGUUUACCACAAGUCAAGUGACGACUCUGCAACCCAUGGCUGUCCUAUUGGCACAUCUUUCAACUUGAAGCUUGGUAUUUAA